UGGUAGAAUGGUUUCAGAUUGUUGUACUCUGAAACCAUUUUGAUGGUAUAAUGGUUUCAGAUAAUUGAUGCAUUUUAUUUGAUCUGUUUUAUGGUUUUUUUUGUGCUGAUUCUGAGUUCAUAUGAUUUUUGAGUUAUGAAUUGAUAUGUUAUUACUUUGAUAUGUUCAGAUUUAAACUAUAAGAUUAGACAUGUCGACUGAAGUACGGGAUGAAGUUGAUAUUGAUGAAAUUGAACUUCUUACAAAUGUUGAUUUCCCUCAAAUAUUUGAUAGUGAUGAUGAUGCUUAUAAUUUUUACUCUUCGUUUGCACAAAGAAGUGGUUUCUCAAUUAGACGUCAUCACGUUUAUAGAAACACUACUGAUGAGGGAAAUCCAGAAACAGUUUACAAAAGAGAGUUCGUUUGCCAUCGAUCCGGGGUUUCUAAACCAGUCAAAGUUAAUGAACUGGAAAGUCAAAGGAAACGGAAAGCUUCAAGGUGUAGUUGUAGUGCGAGAUUGGUGGUUGCUAAAGAGACAAUUGGAUUGGAAGAAAAAUGGGUGGUAAUAUAUUUCAACAAUGUCCACAACCAUGAUUUGUUAGAUGAGAAAGAGGUUCAAUUUCUCCCUGCUUAUCGUAACAUCCCGGUUGUUGACCAAAACCGUAUACUAAUGAUGCAUAAAGCUGGUUGUUCCAUUAAUGUCACAAUGAGAUUGCUUGAAUUAGAGAAAGGAAUAGAUGUAGGUAGUCUACCAUUUAUGGAUAAAGAUAUUAGGAAUUUCCUUCAAAACCAAAAUGGUAUUGACAAACAAAAUGAUGCUUUAGAUGUCUUGAAAUUGUGUAAAGGGUUGAAAGAGUUAGAUGAUGCCUUCCAAUAUGAUUACACAAUAGAUGAGAAUAAGAAGUUGGAACACAUUAUUUGGGCAUUUGGUGAUUCAAUCCGUGCAUAUGAAUCUUUUGGGGAUGUGGUUGUCUUUGAUACUACUUAUCGAAUAAAUCGUUAUGAUAUGCCACUUGGAAUAUGGCUUGGAGUUGACAAUCAUGGGAAUUCAGUUUUUUUUGGUUGUGUUCUAUUACGAAAUGAGAAGAUUUCUUCGUUCACAUGGGCUUUAAAGGUUGGUGUUGCUGUCCAGAUUAGGAAUCGAGUUGGAGAGGAAGCAAGAAUGCGUCAAAAGUAUCAUAAUCAUCUGCUUAAAACAAGUUUUCCAAUGGAGGAACAUGUUGCAUCUAUACUCACACCUUAUGCUUUUGGGUUGAUUCAAAUUGAGAUUGAGUUAUCUACAAAAUAUGCUGCAACUGAAACAAACAGUGGCUCUUUUAUUGUGAAGCAUCACACCAAAGAUGAUGGAGGUCGUCUUGUAACUUGGAUAGAAAGUCAAGAAUCAAUUCGUUGCUCUUGUAAGGAAUUUGAGUUUUCUGGAAUAUUGUGCAGGCAUGCUAUUCGAGUGCUUCUAAUGAAAAAUUAUUUUCACAUACCUUCAAAGUAUCUUCCUUUUCGAUGGAGACGUGAAAGUUCAUUGAUCCCAAAAUCUAGUCACAUAGUAAACAACAAUGAUGUCUCCUCUGCUGCGUUUCAUUCUCUGAUUCAAUGUCUUGAAUAUGAAUCUUUAAAAACAAAAGAACGGAAACAAAUUGCUACUAAAGGGUUGGAGGAUCUUAUCCGAGAGAUAAAAGGAAUGUCCGAAAGUCAUGAAGAUCAAAUUGGUUUGGAAGUUGUUCCAAAUAAUGAUGAAUGUGAUGUUGGAAUUCCAGUUAGAACUAGAAGCAAAGGUCGACCAAAAGGUUCAAAGGCAAAAGUAGUAGUUGAAGUUGUUUCAGAUGAUGAUGAAUGUGAUGUUGGAAAUCCAGUUAGAACCAAAAGCAAAGGUCGACCAAAACGAUCAAGGCCAAAAGGAGGAGUUGAAGCUGCAACCAAGAUUCGCCAUUGUCUUUUUCCGAAUUGUGGUGCAACCGGCCAUGACACACGGAAUUGUCCAAACAAAAGGAAACAUAAUGACAUGUUGCCUAAUGAAUCACCUAAUGUGUUCAAAAAGGGCUGGAGAAAUUCAUCUAAUUAAUAGUCAAAAAAGGCUUCGAGGAUGUAAUGGAUAAAAGUGAUGAUAGUAAUUCAACAGAGAUGUGUUUCAUGUUUUCUGGUGUGGUUUUAGUAGUGGGAGUAGUAGCUAUAAUACAAUGAUAUAGUGUUGACUAUAUCAUUGGAUAAAAGUACUAAGUUGCUUUUCAUUAACUAGUCUUAUAGUUCUCUUUAAUUGAUGUAAUGAGAUGUUAAAGUUUGUUUUAUUGGUAUCAUAAUAUGUUCAAGUGUUA